CUUCAGAAAAUCUGCAAGCACAAGGCCUCCCCGCACAGCCUGGUCUCCCAGGAGAAGCUGUUAGCAGCAGAAGAACUGGAGUUAGCCAAGGUGGUGAUGCUGCUCUUGUACUACGCUUCCAUGAGCGAUAGGAUUCCUCGGGAGUGGACCACGCUCGAAUACGACCUGCAGGCGGAGAUGGCCAAGUUCCUGAACUUCAUGCUCUACAACGAAGACUGCCUGAGCGAAGAUCUGGAGAACUUCCUCCAAAAGAAAAUGCCAGCGCCCUCGAGUUCCUCCAGUGCCAGCUCAGAAGAGACCACCCCACCGAAACGAGGGGUGCCUUUCCUGAAGUUACACAAGAUCGCCUCUUCUUCCGGCAUGAAUAAGCUGUUCCCUGGCUCUUCCUCCUCCUCCUCCUCCUCCCCCGUGGGGGAGAUCAUGCAGACCCCCCAGUUCCAGAUGCGGAGGCUGAAGAAGCUGCUGGAAGCCGAGCGAGAGAACCGCGACGACCUGGAGCGCGAGUUGGCCGAGAACCGGAAGCAGAUUGAUGAGAAAGAUACGCGGAUCCUGGUGAUGAAGCAGCGCAUCGACCGGCUGACCCUCCAGCAGGAACGGCAGGCGGCCGCGGAUCAGCUGGAGCCCAAGGAGAUGGAAGAGCUCCGGGACAAGAACGAAAGCCUCCUCCUCCGCCUGCACGAGACCCUGAAGCAGUGCCAGGACCUGAAGACGGAGAAGGGGCAGAUGGACCGGAAGAUCAGCCAGCUCUCCGAGGAGAACGGAGAACUCAAUUUCCGGCUCCGAGAGUUCUCCCGCACCUUGUCGGAGCUCCACGAGGCCAUGAACGAAAUGUGCGAAGGGCAGGACAAGUCCCUGAAGGAAUGGGAGGAGCGCAGGAGCCGCCUGGAAGCAGAUCUCCACGGGGCCCUGAGCGAGAAGAGGUGCCUGGAAGAGAAAGUGGAGAUCCUGCAGGGGAAGAUCUCCCUUCUGGAGGACCAGCUGGCCAAGCUGACCAAGGAGACCAGCACCCUCCCCGUCAAAGGAGAAAUCCUGGGCGACGUCUUGAAGCUGGAGGGCCUGAAUCAGCAAGUGGCCAGCCUGAGCGGUCAGCAGGCCGAGCUGCAAGCCACCGUCCUGCGUCUGGAGGAGGAGAAGCGCCUGCUGGAGGCCAGCCUCCAGGCCGAGAGGAGGACCUUCGAGGCGGAGAAAGCCCAGCUGACGGCCCUCCUGACGGAGCUGCAGAACUCCAGCGCCGAGAUCUCCCGGGCCAAGGAGAAGCUGGAGCAGGACUGCCGGGCCCAGGAGGAGUGCUUGAUCGCCCAGUCCAACACCCUGACGGCCGAGAUCGCCAAGCUGACGGGCUUCCUGCGCCAGAGGGACGAGGAGCUGCUGGCUCUGCACCAGCAGGUGGAAGCCGAGCGCAGCCAGAAGAGCCAGCUGGCCGAGGAGUGGGAGCAGAAGGAGCAGAGGUCUCGGGCGGCCAUCGAAGAACUCGGCCGGCAGGUGGACCAGCUCAGCAGCUCCCUCAAGCAGAGCCAGCAGAAGGUCUCCCAGAUCGAAGCCGCCAGCCAGGAGGAGUACAACCGCAUCGCCCAGGAGAAGGAGCUGGCCGUCCGGCAGCUGCAGGAGAAAGAAGCCGAGGUCUCCUCCCUGGCGGAGCGGCUGCAGUCCCUGGAGCAGGUCCGCACCUCUUCCGCCAUGGAGCUCCACCAGGAGAAGGUGGAGGCCAGCCAGAAGAUCCAGGCGCUGGAGGCCAGGGUCUCGGCCCUCACCGCCCAGGCCCAGCAGAGCGAGGCCCAGGCGGCGGCCGUCCCGGCCUUGAAGAGCCAGCUGCGGGAGGCCCAGCAGAAGCUGGCCGAGAAGGAGAAGCUGGCCAAGGAGCACGCCCGCCUGCAGGAGCGCCUGAUGGUGCUGGAGGAGUCCGUCCGCAACACCGAGGGAAUCCUAGAGGACGAGAAGAGGAGGGCGGCCGAGUCCCUGGAGAGCAACCUCCGGCAGAUCGCGGAGCUGGAGGAGCAGGUCCAGGGGCUGGCCAGGCACAAGGAGCGGGCGGCAGAAGGGCUGGCCGAGGAGAAGGCCAGGAGGGAAGCCUUGGAAGGGCAGAUGCAGCGGCUGGAGGAGGAAUCCAGCAGGAAGCUGCAAGAGCUGCAGCGUCAGCUGGCCGAGCCGCCCGUCGCCAAAAGGGAGCUGACCGAACGCAGCGGGCAGGAGCCAAGCGGCCAGAGGUUCCAGGCUGACCAGAAGAAGCUGGCCGAGCUGGAAGCCCAGCUGAAGGACCUCAGCGCCCAACACCAAGAAGCCCUGGCGGCCCUUCAGGCCAAGCUCUCUCAGUCCGUCUCCCAAGUCAAGGAGAAGACGAGCGCGGAAGAGAAGCUCCGAGCCAAAGUGGCCGCCUUGGAGAAGCAGGUGGCGGCCGCGCGCCAGGAAUCGGACCAGGCCAAGAAGGACGGGCACCAGGCCGCCCAGGAGCUGGCGGAGGCCGCCAAGAGGCUGGCGGAGGAGCGGCUCAAGAGGGAGGAGCUGGAAGCCAGAGUGAAGCGGUUGGGAGAGCAGAGCAGCGAAGAUCUGACCACGGCCGAGUCCAGCUUGUCCAGCCUCCGGUCCGCUCUGAAGGAGAAAGAGCAGGAGUUGGAAGAGGCCUCCGCCCAGCUGAAGGCGCUGAGGGCCGAGUUGGGGGAGGCCGUGCAGCAGCGGGAAAGCCGGCUGGCUCAGCACCGGGAGGAAGCCAAGCGGCUGGCGGAGGAGGAGGAGCGGGUCCACGCCGAGCUGGCUGCGGAGAAGGCCCUGAAGGCGGCCCUGGAGGUGCAGCUGCAGAACCUCACCAACGAGCACCGGGUGGAGGUCUCCGGCCUGCAGGAGGAGGUGGCCAGGGCCCAGGACCUGGUGGGCGAGAAGGAGAGGGAGCUGGAGGAGCUGCGGCUGAAGAACGUCUCCCGCUGCGAGGAGCUGAGGGACCUGCAGAAGACGGUCAGCAAGCUGAAGGGGGAGCUGGCCUCGGUGGAGGCGCUGAAGGAGCGGGAAGCCAAGAUAGAGAGCGAGCUGCAGGGCUUCCUGGAAGUGGCCAGGACCCGGGAAGCCGAGAUCAGCGGCCUGAAGGCCCUCCUGCACUCCAGGGACGCGUCGCUGCAGAGCCUGGAAGAGCAGAAGCUCCAGUGGGAGAAGGAGUCGGCCUCCCUCCGGGAGACGCACGAGAAGCAGCUGAAGGAGGGCAGAGACCUCCAGGGCCAGCUGGGAAAGUUGGAGAAACAGAGCAAGGAGCAGCAGAGCACCAUCGCCAAGCUGGAGAAGCUGACGGCGGCCUCCAAGGAGCAGCAGCACGCCGAGGCGGAGGCGCUGAAGCGGGAGGCGGGCCACCAGAGGCAGAAGGCCUCCGAGGCGGAGAAGCUCCUGGAGGCCUCCAAGGCCACGGUGGAGAAGCUGAAGAGGGAGCUCCUGCAGACGGAGGAGGAGCUGGUGCGCAGCCGGAAGGCCGUGUCGAGAGCCGAGGAGGAGUUGGCCUCCUUGCGCGCCUCGGCUCAGGAGAAGGACCGGCUGGAAGAGAGCCGCAAAGAGCAGAUCUCCCGCUACCGCCAGGAAGCGGAGAGGAAGGCCAGCCACGUCAGCAGCUUGGAGCAGGACAGGUCCAUCCUGCACCGGCAGCUGGUGGAGAAGGAAGCGGAGAGCAAGGACCUGCGGCGCCUGGCCGUGGCCGAGUCGGAGAAGAGCAAGAAGCUGGAGGAGCGGCUGAGGCUCCUCCAGUCCGAGAUGGCCACGGCGGCCUCCCGGGCGGCAGAGCGCUGCUCGGCCAUGAAAGCCGAUGCCCAGAGCUCGCAGGAGGAGGCCGAGAAGCUGCGGCUGUCCAUGGAUGUCCUGAAGAAGGAGCUGAGCGAGGUCUCCAAGCGGGAGGAGGCCCUGGGCCAGGAGCUGAAGUCCUGGCAGGAGAAGGCCUCCCAGAAGGAGCAGCUGCUGGCGGGGCAGCAGCAGGAGUUGGCCGGCGCUCAGGCUCUGAUCGGGGAGCUGAUGCCCCUCAAGGGCCUGUGCCAGCAGCUGGAGGCCUCCCAGGCCUCGCAGGGGGACAAGCAUCGCGAAGAGGUGGAGCAGCUGCAGAGGUCCGGCGGCCUCCUGCAGGCGGAGCUGAUCCGGGCCAAGCAGGAGCUGCAGGAGGCCUCCUCCGCCCAGGAGAGGCUCUUCCAGCAGGAGCAGCUUCUCCGCCAGCUGCAGGCGGAGAACGGUGGGUACGUGGAGCGCCUGGCUGCUCUCCAGCAGGCUCACAGCCAGCUGGCCGAGGAGAAGAGGGAGCUGGCGGAGAAGGCCGCCCAGGGGCAGCAGAGCCUGGACAGGGAGCUGGCCCAGGCCAAGCAGAAGCACGCUCUGGAGCUGGAGGCGGCCCGGAUGGACUUGGAGAAGCUGCUGGCAGGCAGCAAGAGGGAGGCUGAGGAGGCCCAGAAGAAGCUGGAGGAGAUGGCCAAGACCUGCGAGGACACCAAGCAGCAGCUGGCCGCUCAGGCGGCGAAGCUGGAGAAACAUCAGCGGGAACAAGCUAAGCAGGUGGAUGAGCUGAAAAAGAAGGUGGCUCAGCAAGAGAAGGCCGGCCAGAGCCAUCAGCAGAAGGCAAAGGUGCGGGAGGAGGAGCUCCGUUCGGAGAUGAAGCAGCUGAAGGAGAAGACGGCGGAUCUCCAGGCCCAGCUGGUGCAGAAGGACCAGGCCGCCGAGCAUUACAAGGCUCAGAUGGAGAAGGCGAGGACGCACUACGACGCCAAGAAGCAGCAGAACCAGGAGUUGCUGGAGAAGCUGAAGGGCCUUCAGCACCUGGAGAAGGAGAACGCCGAGCUGAGGGCCGAGUCUGAGCGCCUGGCUAAGGAGUUGCAGCGCACGGCCUUGCAGGCCACCGAGUCGGAGCUCAGCCUGAAGAACCUCACCAGCCAAGUCCGGGUCCUGCAGGCCCAGCUGGACUUCUCCGACCGGCAGCUGCGAGAGCAGGGCAAGGUCCAGGCGGCCCUGGAGACCCUCAGGCAGAGCUCGGCCGACAUCAGCACCGACAGCCUGGACCUGAGCACCAGUGACGAAGGGCAGCCGCUGAACUCCACCAGGAAGACCCGCCGCUCUUUGUCCGAAUCGGGGGCAACCGUGGAAUCUCCCAAGGCCUCCCAGCCACACAAGAGGGAGUCCUUGGAGAGCAUCUACUUCACCCCCAUCCCCACCCGCUCGCGCUCCAAGCUGGAGAACAGCAUCGACUCCGUCGGCAACAUCACCUUGGACUCGGGGCGGAAGGCGCUCUCUGGCCGUCGGCGCACCACACAGCUGAUCAACAUUACCAUGAUCAAGAAACACCCGAAGCUGGAGCCGCUGGACAGCACCAACGAGUCUUUCGUCAGCCUGCGGUCCUCCGGCUCAGGAGGCAGCGGCCAGGAUUCGGUCAAGAGCCACCUGCGUUCGGCAGCGGCUUCCUCCUCCUCCGCCCGCUCACUGGCCAGCCUCCCCUCCCAGGAGUCCCUCGUCAGGCUGGCCGCCUCUUCGCCCGACGGCGCCUCUGGCCAUGCCGCCCUGAAGAGCCUGCCUGGCUACCGACCCGCCACACGCAGUUCUCUGAGACACUCCCAAGGCGGGGCUGCAAACACCGGCCGCAGCAGCUUCUAUGCCGGCUCCUGCGACGAUGAGCCGGAGCAGCUGGACGGCUGGAACCGCAUCGCGGAGCUUCAGCAGCGCAACCGCAUCUGCCCGCCUCACCUGAAGACCUGCUACCCUCUGGAGUCGCGGCCCUGUCCGCUCCUGACCACCAUCACGGACGAAGAGGUGAUGACCGGAGACCCCAAGGAGACCCUCCGAAGGGCCACCAUGCUGCCCUCCCAGAUUGUCGAGGGCCCCAGCACCCGCCGCAGCACGCUGAGUGCCGCCUGGGGGCACGGGGGGGUCGCCACGCGGCAGCAACGGAAGCGCCUCUCGGACGAACCCCAGAUGGGGCCAGGGACCCCCGAGGUCAAGAAAUCCUCCACUUGCUUCCCCCGGCCCCAGACCCCCAAAGGGAGGACCGAGGAUCGCAAGCAGGGACCCCCAGCGGGGGACAAGAAGAGCAGAGGCCAGCCAGCAGACAAGCAGUCUGACAGGCGUCACUCACUGGCCUUCAGCAUCCUGAACACCCCGAAGAAACUGGGGAACAGCCUCUUGCGCCGUGGGGCCAAUCGGAAGGUGACUCCCAAGAAUUCCCCUCGGAGCGGCAGCCGGAGGUCUCCACGGAACGCCGCAUCCUCGAAGGGCAAGGCCAACUCCAAGUCCCAGAAGGGGAAGUUCUAGCGUUCUUCUUCGCUCCGGCUGCCGGUUCAACCAUCUUCCCUCUGUGCCCGGAGGAAAGGGAGGACGGGGCCGCUGCCCCUCGGCCGCUGCCAGCCCCUGCGUCCCCCUGCAGCCCCUCCCCCUGCCUCAAGCAGGCCUAGGAGCUUGGCCUUCUCGUCUCUUUCCCUGUCCCAGCCUGGGUGGAGCAAGGAGACCUCCCAUUCACAGGCUCUUGGGAGUGCAGGUGCCUUCCUUCUUCCCCUCUUCCUUCUUCCUUUUCCUCCUUUCUCCCUUCCCCCUUUCACCCUGUGCCCCACGCCUU